AUGAGUGGGUUGGGUGAAGUAAAGUGGGACUGCAUGAGGUGCUUUGAGCCAAGGCCAGUGGGGUGUGUAGAGGUGCGGUUGGUGGAGUGGGGUGGGGUUAGAUAAAACAUGUGAACUGACGAGGGCGAAUUGGUGCGAUGGGAGGAGAGGGGUGGGAGAGUUCAGGCAACACGAGGGAAGUUUGAGGGGAGGAGUGCAGUGGGUGGUAAAUUUGUAAGGUAAAAACGUAUGAAAACGUGCCUUGAUUUAAACUGAUUUUUAAAUUGAUUUUUCCUUUUCAGGAAACGGUAACUCACACACAAACCAUGGCUAUGGGAACUGCAAACGCUUGGUUGGAAAAUCAUUUGAAAAGAUUGUCAAGCGAUUUUGAGGGGAAUACAUUUUGA